AUGGGCCGCUUCCAGGAGUACCAGGUCAUCGGGCGCAAGCUCCCGUCGGACAAGGAGCCGCAGCCCAAGCUCUACAGGAUGCGCAUCUUUGCUCCGAACGAGGUUGUCGCCAAGUCGCGCUUCUGGUACUUCUUGCGCAAGCUCCGCAAGGUCAAGAAGGCGACGGGCGAGGUCGUCGCCGUCAACGUCAUCAGCGAGAAGAAGCCGCUCAAGGUCAAGAACUUCGGCAUCUGGCUCCGCUACGACUCGCGCUCCGGUACCCACAACAUGUACAAGGAGUUCCGCGAGCUCUCGCGCGCCGACGCCGUCCACGCCUGCUACCAGGACAUGGCCGCGCGCCACCGUGCCCGUUUCCGCUCGGUUCAGAUCCUCCGCGUCGCCGAGAUCGAGAAGACCGCCGACGUUCGCCGCCCGAACAUCAAGCAGCUCCUCACUCCCAACCUCCGCUUCCCUCUCCCUCACCGCGUCGUCAAGAGCCGCAGCCUGUUCCUCGCGAACCGUCCCUCGACUUUCUACUAG